AUGCGUUAUGCUCAGUUAGUUGUUGGUCCCGCUGGUAGCGGAAAGUCAACCUACUGCUCCACUAUGGUAAAACAUGCAACAGACUCAAAUAGGAUUGUAGAAGUUGUAAAUCUUGACCCGGCAGCUGAACACUUUGAUUAUGAACCUCUCGUCGACAUCCGGGAGUUAAUACACCUAGAUGAUGCGAUGGAGGACGAAGAAUUGCAGUUUGGUCCAAAUGGUGGGCUCAUAUUUUGUAUGGAGACAUUACUAGAAAACUGUGACUGGCUGGAAGAACAAUUAGGUGAUGUUGAUGAUGAUUACUUAUUGUUCGACUGUCCCGGACAAAUUGAGUUGUAUACACACUUGCCAGUGAUAAAAAGACUGGUGGAGCAAUUAGAAAAAUGGAAUUUUCGGAUCUGUGUGGUGUUCUUGAUUGAUUCCCAGUUCAUGGUUGAUGGGGCUAAGUUUCUAUCUGGCACAAUGGCAGCUUUAAGCGUAAUGGUAAAUUUAGAGCUUCCACAUGUUAAUAUUUUAACUAAAAUGGAUCUUUUGAGUAAAUCAGCUAGAAAACAACUAGACAAUUAUUUAGACCCUGACCCCCACAUACUAUUAGCUGAAAUGAGAAAUGUCAAAUCACGAUGGCACGAAAAGUAUGCAAAGUUAACAGAAGCCAUUGGUGAAGUCAUAGAUAACUUCAGCUUAGUCAGAUUCUGUCCACUCAACAUCAAAGAUGAAGAGAGCAUAGAUAAUAUUUUAAUUACAAUAGACAAUAUAAUACAAUUUGGUGAAGAUGCAGAUGUCAAGAUAAAAGAUUUUGAUGAACCUGAAGAAAAUGGUGAUGAAUAG